AUGGAUAGUGAGGUCAUGAGGAAGUCUAGAGGAGCAAUUUUCCCGGAAGAGAAACCCUGCAAAUGGCUGACUCAUCUAUUGUUAGCUUUGGAGCAUCUGCAUUCCAACCGUGUUCAUCAUAGAGACCUCAAGGUAAAAACUUGCUUUUGUAAAAUAUUCAUCACAAAGGACAACGACAUCAGGUUAGGUGAUUUUGGAUUAGGAAAAUUGCUAGAUGCAAAAGGCCUUGCUUCCUCGGUAUCGGGCACACUGAACGACAUGUGCCCUGAGCUCCUUGCCGGCAUACCCUAUGGCUAUAAAUCUGAAAUAUGGUCGCUUGGAUACUGUAUGUUUGACAUUGCUGCACAUCAACCCCCGUUUAAAGCAUUUGACAAAACUGGACUUAUCAACAAAAUAAAUCGGGGUUUGUUCUCACCACUUCCGAUUAUAUACUCCUCCACAUUGAAACAGAUAAUAAAAAGCAUGCUAAGGAAAACUGCAGAACAUUCGUUUAAAGCGAAUGCUGCCGAGCUGUUGAGACAUCAACAUUUGCAACCAUACCUCCCCUUGUGUCACAACCCUUCAUCUACGUUUCUUCCUGUGAAGUCCCCGAGCAGAACGAAAGAUAAAACACGACCAUCACCUGGAAAAUCUAUCAGUCCGAGAGGUAGCAGAGACAGACAGUUGAAGCUAAAAAAGAAGAGAACUGUCCUUUACUUUGACGAAAGUGAUAACAUUCAGCCAAGAAACUUAUAUGACAAUUAUAACACGUUCCGAGCAAAACUUGACACUAAGAGAGUCGAUCCAACAAGCUACUCGGUGAGGAUCUCUCCAGAUAGUGAGGAUUCUAAAGUGGGGAGAUGA